UUAUUUUCCUUUCCUUCCAGUUCAACCAAAUCAGCCAAAAUGAUACCAACCACAGUCAGCAGUUCCCCCUCCACCGCUACCAUUAGCGGUACCACCGGCAAUAACAACAGUACAAGUAACAAUGGUCAGCUAAACUCGUUGUCGACGCCAACAUCUGGUACUAUUUCGGGCUCUGUCCCCUCACCAGCUUCCGCACAAACGCCCUCGAUCACGUUGGGGCUAGCCUCUUUAAUACUCGAAGGACGCGCCGUAGCUGACGAUGAAUAUCAACCGCAAGCGAUGCGCGUCUCUACCGUACCCAAUGAUGCUGUCGCUUUGAGUGGGAGUGGGAGUGGUAGCGGCAGCGGCACGGGCAAUGCUGUCGGUAGCAGCAACAUGCACAAUUAUAUUGCCAGCAGUUUACUAGCCAGCACUUCCUAUGGUAUUAGUGGUAGUAGUAGUGGUGCUGUCGGUGGCGGACGUCAAUCACCUACCUGUCGUCCAUCAACCUCGCGUGCAGCAGCCAGCUUUGUUGGUGGUGGCGUUGGUGUUGGUGUAGGAAGUGGACAUGUGAUCAAUAUAACAACGAAUCCGUAUGCCUUUAGCAACAGUAGCAUGGGUGGCGCACAUGCACAUGACUCCUCUCCGCUCUACAUCGAUCCAUAUAGCAACAGCAGCUCAGGAGGAUCUGCCGCAUCAUCGGCAGAGAGUACACACCAACGUUGGACACAGAAAUUGUGUCAAUUGCGGCAGGUCUCGCCAGCCGCUAGCCUCAGUACAACAUACGAGCAACCCGUCGCGGUAGAGGCACGUGAACCCGAGCUAGUUGCGCUUGCUAUAAAUGAGUCGGGAGCAACAGAACGCGGCGACUUCGAAAUCGUCCGACGGUCACUAUUAAAUCGUGCAAACUUGAAUGCAAUUGGCAGCAGCGCAACGUCGACGGCAACAGCAGCGGGUAGCAGUGCCGGUGCAGGCAGCGCAAGCUCUUCUCCCGGCUCCGGCUCGGGCUCUGAGAACUUCUUGCUGUCGCUGCAAUCAUUGGCGACGACCUGUCUGCGCAGUGGCAGCCCCUCAAUUGAGCCAAGUAUGGGGGGCAUGGGUGCGAGUGCCACUGGUACACCUACAGGCUAUCGGUUUGCGACGCUCUCCUCCCCACCACCACCACAGUCAAUGUACAUGUACCGUGCCACCACCCCGACAGCCGCAACUACAGCACAUCGCUUUCUCGACCCACCUGGCUCGGGUAGCAGCUGUGGCAGUGGUGUCCAGUCGCCACGGCCACAUUGGUCUUCACCAGCAGUUGACAGCAACAGCAGCAGCCUGCAUCCAAAGGAAAGAUAUGUGCGACAUUCGGCUAUGGGUACAGGACGCAUACCCAUACCAGGCACUGCUGUGAAUGCAACAACAGCAACGACGGCAAUCGCUGCUGCAUCAACAAUAAAUAACACAACGAAAAUAGCGGCUAGCACGGCGACAGCGAUGUCGGCAUCAACAACAGCGUCCAAGUACCCGCAACAAGGGCCGCACUGUGAUCAGUUCCUCAAGAAGAUGGGCCUUGCGAAGGGGGAGGCCGCUGAAGCUGAGGACCAUUUCUGUGAUAUGUCAUACGUAAAUAUAACUUGCUCCCGCUGGCGAGCGUACUGCCAUAAAAUGGAGGCGAUAAUGGGACGUGGUGAACCGAUUUGUAUAGAAGUUUAUUUGGGACCGGUAAACCACAAGAUUCUGCUCGAACAAUGGAUCAUAACUCAAAGAGAAAAAGUUCCUCCGCCCACCAUGACGUUACCGUCACUCUGCAGCGCUAUACGCAGCCAAUUGUAUUUUUCCCAAAUCAGUGCCUGGUGUGAUCUGAUUAAGAAAUCGGAUAAGACCAUAUACGAUACGGGUCGCAUAAUUUUUGCCACACCCACAGGCGCCGCCGGUGAUCUGGCCACACCACUUGGCAGUGCCGGCGGCGCAGGCAGUAGCAACAACAUCAAUAUCACACCGGGUACAUCACCGAACACGCAUACGCUUAAUCAGCUGAAUUGUGUGCUGCAAGCGAAUCGACGACCACGCCUUAAUAUAUUCUACCGCAUCAAGUCAUUUGACUCCACUGCCUGCUUUAAUUCAAAACCAAAUGUACACAAUUUUCCGAAUGUCAAUAUUUCGGAGAAUUGUAGCAUUUCGGUUUGUCUCAAAAGUCUUCCACGCAUCAACGGCGGCAUACCGAAGAUCGGUACACUUAUGUUGUGCACUCCUGGGACCACGUCAACAAUAACAGCAGCAACAACGACCACAAUAAUGUCGGCAGUGACGUCGAAGGCAUCGUCAAGCAAAAUCAAAACAACAAUUGCUGCUACACCAACAUCAACAGCAGCCAGCACUUCGCUAUCGUUGACAACCACACCAGGAACCCCGCAAACUCUGGCAGCGUCCAAUGGCAGCGACAAUAGUAGGGGUCCGGCGGCAUUUCGCAACGGCAACAGCUGCUUUAAGUCGGAGGAUACGCCACGCAGCAGUCGUUCAGGGCGUUGUCCGGCGGCGACUACAGCGCUUGGUGAUGUCACCGCUUCUACUUCAGCUUUAAUGCCGGCGACGAGUGGCGCUGCUCAAACACGUGUGUUCAUAAAUAAUCCCCCUGCUGGUAAUGAUCCGCCCGCAAGCUCUGUCGACACCACUUCUGCGAUAUCUUCACUAAGCAGCUCAGUCACUGCAAAUUCCUCCCAGCAAGCUGUCUCAAAUGGCAAAAGUGGCGACGGAGUCACUGCGAGUAGCGACAAAGAAAAGACCGAGGGUAGCGGUAGUCACACAAGCUCUUCUCCAAAGCAAAAAUGCACGUUUUUCAUUGACGAAGACGAGUUGCUAGUAGAUGAGGCUGAUGCUGAGGCAUUUGGCGAUGAGUACAAUAACAUGAGUGACACAACCAAUAGCAUUGGGGAAAGCAUAACUGGCGUAAGUACCUUUAGCUCCAGCGCCAAUAUAUCUCACCGCGAGAAGCAGCUAAUGAAGUAUCGCAAGCGUAUGUUGAAACGUGACAAGAUGCAUCAGCACCAACACCACCCACGCAAGCCGCUUUCGACGUCGUCAGAUUCCACGGGCGAACUGGGGGCCACACUGGGGCUACAACGCAGACAGCAAGAACAGUUUAAGGCGACCAAUGGCUGCCAACCGAUGGAGGAAGGUGACGAAGAUGCGUCAGUAUGUUGCAGCGCCACAGUGACUACGUUGCACGUGCGCACCAGUACGCACAUCGAAAUGAUCUCAACGGGCACACAGACACCCAUGAGUUGUUGUCGACAAUGUGGCUGGGAGAAGACACUUGUGUGUCUGCGUUGCACCGCUGCUGGUAGCAAGCGCCGAGAGCAAGCCAUAGAUGAACCCACCGAACCGGACAUCGACGAUAUGGACGAUUCGACGGCGUCGAGCAUCAGCAGCAGCGAAAUAAUACAAACACCACGCAACAAGGCCGAACUGUUGCUCCAAGCCAUACAGCGCACACCCAAAGCAGCAGCAGCAGCGAAGCACAAGAAGGAGCAGCCACGCAAGCCGUGUGGAAGCAAAGCGCAAAAUAAUAAUCAUUUGAGCGGUGCAGCAUUAGCAAAUGGCAAUGCGGAUGCUGGUGUUGGGAGAGCUGGUAGCAUUAGCAGCUCAAAUGAAAAUACUGGCUCCGGUUGUCAAGUGUGCAAGCGACAAAAAACACAACACAAUUUUGGCAACAGCAAUGUUGCAAAAGUGUCUGUCGUAGCUGGUGAACAAUUGCAAGAAGAGGGCUCUGACGCUGAUGAUGACAUUGGCGAUGACACCGAUGACGAUGGUGGGAAGAAACAUGAGGAUAUUGCAUUUGAUGUGGAUGGCGCCGAACCAGUGGAUGCGAAUCAGUUGUUUGUUGUGGCUGUGGAGGAAUUGCCAGCGACGCCGCUGUGUGUCUUACCGCCGCAUCAAUCCGAAGUAAUGGAAGAGGAGUCCUUUUUAUCAUCCACCAAGCUGACCCCGCAUAUUGAUCGCUGUUCGCUUUCAACCUCGCGUGACCAUGCCGGAGGAGAUCAGACAGUCAGUGGCUGCAAUCGCAGUGAAAACCGUAGCCCGCCCAUCCUUACUACACUAAUGGAGGGUGGAUGCUUCAAUGAAUCACAGUUUAAGACACCCACCUCCGCAUCGAGCGGAAUUAAGUACGAAACCGCACGCCAGCAGCAGCAACAGCAAUCACUGCAGCGGCAACCAGACGCACAAAAGGCAUUCCAGCACAAACAAACACCCAAACCCAAUUUACUGCAACUACACAGCAAUUAUCUUCAUGGCGAUGCACGUGACCGCAGCAUGCAAGCAGUUGGCGCUUCCGGCGAUGGAUUUUGUGUAUCGCGUGUCAACAACGAGAUGCUGUGCACAACCCUUUCUUACUCUACUACGCCAGCCACUAAGUCACACCAGCAGUCUCAACCUGGCGGCCAUAACGCACUGCUGCUGCGCAAGGGCCUGCCCAAGGUGAACCUCACACCCAUAUUCUGCAAUCCAAUGCCCACUACAAUGGGUGCCACCAUAACGAGCUGCCAGUCAUCACCAAUUCCCAUACAUGGUGCUGCACACGAUAACACUUUUUGCUUCGAGCCGACGGCACUCAAUCGUAGCGGCGGCAAUCAAAUGCAACUCCACCACCAACUUAUGCAUUCCAGCAACGGUAAUGAUUCUGCCUCUCUGCUCACCACCGACGCUAAUAAUAUACCUGUACAAAAGUCAUUUUCGGCACCCACGCUACCCAAUUCGCCAUCACUAUCGCCACGUUUUGCCAAACAGGCGGCUAGCUAUAAGCGUCGCUCACGUCAUUUAUCCGAUCGUUCCGAUCGUUCAUCACUAGGUUCGGAUGAGCAAUUUUCCGAUGAAGAUUUGGAAAGUGGUGGCAUGUAUAGUCCAGCUACAUCGCCGUUGAAGCAAUGCGCCCGCGUAGCUGCGGCCUUUGGACGCCAGCGGUUGCUUGGCAAUCUAGAAGAAUCGCUGCUGCAGAAACGUUUGAUGCCCAAAGUAGAAGUGAUGGGCUUCAAGGUGCUAUUGGGCGCGUCCGGCGGCUUUUGCCCCACUCAGCUAACCAUACCGGCUGCGGCAUAUUUCUACGAACUGCAUGGCGAGGCGCUCAGUACGCCGUAUGUGUGUGAUAUACGCCUUCCACGCAAAGGCUACUCGGUGCCACGCUCCGGCACUGUACAGGCAACUCUGCUGAAUCCUAUGGGCACCGUAGUGCGUAUGUUCGUUAUACCGUACGAUAUGCGCGACAUGCCACCACUACAUCAAACCUUCAUAAGACAACGGAUACUGGCGGAGGCCAGCACCCACGAAGCGACGACGCAGAAUGUACAGCCACCUCAACAGUCCGUUAAUAUUGUGGAACAACAAAACGAUAGCAACGGCAUGGUCUACACAAAUGGCUUUGAAAGUAGCGCUGUUGCAUGCGGCGGUGGUGAUGAUACUUUGAACUUAAACAAUAACAACAACGACUGCUAUCANUGUAUAAGUACAACAGCAGCAGCUGCAACGGCAACAACAACAACCACAACCAACAACAGUAACGGUAGCGCCAGCA